AUCUCGGUAUGCUUGUGUUGUGUUUAUGUUCCUUGUGUUGAACAUUAUGUAUUAUAUCCGAAAUGAGUCUCCAAAUUAACAUUUACGGACUGUUCAACGGUUGAACAUUUCAGCAGCUUCAUAAGUGCUGGCGUUUCCAAUGGCAGCGUUUGAUGGGAGCGCCAACACAAGCAACAGCACCCUCGAUUUCCCUGCUGCCUGCUUUUCUGCUGACUGCUCACCGGGCGGCUGCUGCCAUGGCGGAGGCGAGAGGGGGCGACCCGAAGGCAAACACGACGUUAACAGGAAGCGUCCAGAGAAGGCGCAGGAGGCAAGGGGAAAGGGCAUUGUCCUUGCACCAACCGAGCGAAGGGCGUCUAAAUGCUCGGAAAACACGUCGGGAAGCAGGAAUGACGACAAGGCCUCGUCGGGUAGUUUGUGCCUGGCGGACGACGCCGAAGAAGGGGAAGCUCGUGUUCCUUCGGCGGCUGAGUCUCCGGGAAACGCUCCUCCACCGGGCGUCGGCUCUCCCGCCCCCCUGGUCUGUACUCCAAGCAAGAGCCGCGUAGACGGAACCAGAGAAAUUCCAGCCAUGGCAUUCCUGAGGACGGACGCUUCCGAUGUGUAUUCCUGCUUGCUUGCUCAAGUCCUGUCGCGAGGACGUCCACGGACUCCAUCCACCCAGAGAAACACGGCGGAAGCGCUUGCGACCCCGGCCCGUGCGAGUGCUGGCCUGCCCUUCGGCGAUCGCUGCCCUUGCGAUCCCAGCGCCGUUUGCCUUACGCGGGGUCGCACCGAGGCUUCGCGGCAGAACUUCGUAGAUAGGACGACGUUCUUUAGUGUCCGAGCCGUCCGCAGUGCCUGUAAGUCUGCGCCGCCUUCUCCUGUGUCUCCCGGGCCUUCGAAGAUUGCCUUCUGUCCUGCCGGUUCUGGGUCCAGUGCGGCCAUGACUGAUUCUCGACGUCCCGCUACACAGCCGGCCUUCCCUCGCGUGCCUGAGUGUUUCAACCCCGAGACACCUACUGAGGGCGUCCAGUCAGCCGGAACCACAACAGGAAGAACAUCAGCUAGAGAUACCAAAGCAGGAAUGACGUCAGCCAGAAGUCCCACAGCAGGAGAGGCGUCAACUAGAAGCACCACAGCAGGGAGGACGUCAACCAGAAGUCCCACAACAGGAAGGACAUCCAAGGAAAGGACAUCAAGCGGAAGGAAGUCACCGGGAAGGAAGAGAAAGACAACCCUUCCACACCCAGGCGUCCUCACCGAGCUCGCCCUCAUGAACCUCCCAGCCUCCUCGAAGACGCCGCUGGGGUGGUGGUUCCUUUCCCGCAGGCGACUCCCUAAGGCCUCCGGGCGGGGUCUCUUGGCCUGGUGCUUGUGGGUGGGCGUGUGGGCGUCGCUCUUGGUCGGGGGCGCCUCCGUCAUCCCCUCCUCCAACACAACCUUCGCCCUGCAGAAAUACCAGGCUGAUCGAGCUCGGUGUCUGGGUCCGGGCCGGUGCGACGAAACGUGCCCUCCUGACUUCUACAAGCACGAGGACAACGGCUGCCUGACGGAGGAGGAGUGCCUCAACCUGCACCAGCUGCUCUACCACACUUCCGAAGGCAACUAUUGCGUCAUCGCUUGUCCGAAACACUACGAGACGGAAGGGAACACGUGCCGGAAGUCAGGUAGAUUGCCAGGUGUCGUUUGCAAACACUCAUAG